AUGGGUCUAGUCAAGUGGACUUUAAGUUUGGUCAAAUAUCUAACAAUUGGUUCGUACAUUAUUGGACAAGUCCAAAACAAGACCAAACUCAAGGCAUCCGCGUUUUGUCUUCCUUCUCGAAACACCCAAAUUUUCUCAACUGUUUCCAUCACACGUCUACGUUUCUUUACUUCAAUUCCUUUCUUUCUUUUCUUCUCUUCUAUUCUUUUUCUUACUACUGCUACAGUGCUGCCGACGGAACCAAGUAUGAGUGCGGAUCUAAGGAAUGGAAGUGAGAGUUCAAGCUCGAGUUUGAACAGCAGUUUUCGUGAGACGGAGGAUGAUCAAACCAUUGCAAGCAUUUUGGCAGAAGAGGAAACUCUGAACCGGGGAAGCAGACAGCUUGGGAAACGACUUUCCCAUUUAGAUUCUAUUCCGCAUACUCCUCGUGUUAAUGGAGAGAUUCCUGAUGUCAAUCACGCAACACUUGACCAUGAGACGCUAUCAGAAAGGUUGGUUACAUAUGGCCUGUCUGAACUGCAGAUGGAGGGCGAUGGAAAUUGUCAGUUCCGAGCCAUAGCUGAUCAGUUGUUCGGCAAGCCUGAUUACCACAAGUAUGUCAGAAGGCAGGUUAUUAAGCAGCUAAAGCAUCAAAAAAACUUGUAUGAAGCUUAUGUGCCAAUGGAGUACAAAAGCUACAUAAAGCAGAUGAAAAAAUCAGGAGAGUGGGGAGAUCAUGUUACUCUACAAGCAGCUGCAGACCGGUUUGAUGCCAAGAUUUGCUUAGUGACUUCUUUUAGAGACACUUGCUAUAUCGAGAUCCUUCCUACUAACAAAAGGCCCACAAGAGAGCUAUGGCUAAGUUUUUGGAGUGAAGUGCACUAUAACUCAUUGUACACAAAUGGAGAUGUUCCUACUAGACUUCCAAAGAAAAAGUAUUGGCUCUUCUAG